AUGGAUCAGUUGAACGUCAAAGAACAGCAGGAGUUUCAGCAAGUUGUUGAGCAAAAGCAAAUGAAGGAUUUCAUGAGACUUUACUCCAACUUGGUCUCUAGAUGUUUCGAUGACUGUGUCAACGACUUCACCUCCGCCAACUUGACCAGCAAAGAGUCUACUUGUAUCUACAAGUGUUCUGAGAAGUUCUUGAAGCACUCCGAGAGAGUCGGCUUGAGAUUCCAGGAGCAAAAGUAUUACUAUAGACUUGAGGUGCGCAUUAAACUUCACCAGAAACAAGUACUUAUGGACUCGGCGUCAACAAACCAGAUGCACCACAUUUUGGUGGCACAUGUCGUCAACAGUAUCGUCAGUACAUCACAGAUAAAGAACGAUGUCGUGGACUGUGAAUUGACAAAGUUCCUAGCUACUUUGAACAAGCUUUUGAAGGACUAUCAGAAAACAUUCGACCUAGAAGACAAACUGGAAAUGAUCGGAAGCAAUAACCUACGAACAAUAAUACAAGACUCAGAAUUUAAACAGAUACUCAAUAUCCAUGAAGAUUCGGUUAGAAUAGACGCCACGCCACGCAAGCUACAGACGGUGCUCUCUAACGUACUAGUCAACACUGCCAUACGAUAUAGUGAAAUCUUGACACUGGAAGUUAACGAGCUCACGGAGAAGUACCACAGCAUUGAUGAGAAUGCUCUUACUGAAGAACCAGCAGAAGAAGGUGCUGAAGCCACAGAAGUCAAGCCUGAACAAGUGCAACCAUCCGAACUUCCUGCGGAGGAUAAGAUGGAAGUUGACAACCCUCCACAGGUGGAAGAAAGUCUUCAAGAAGGUGCGACGAAUUUGGAGACGCUCAGCGUUCCUACUGAAGAAGUCAAGGAAGAACAGGCUCCGGAACCUGCUAGUGAAGUGCCUCCAAGUGAACCGGUAGAAGUGGAGAUGCCGAGCGUUGAGCAACAAGACACUGUGGAAGAAGAGCAAAAGGAAGAAGAGAAACCUGAAGCAACUGAACUAAUACCAGAAGCAGUGGCUCCUGUGGAUGAAGAGAAGGAUGAAGAUAAUUUGGAGUCUGCCACUGGUCCUUCAGCAGAGGAAGUAGCGGAUUCUUUCAUACAAGAGCAAGCCGAUGAUGAAGUGGAGGACAAAGCAGAGACCAAGGAAGAGACUUUGGUGGAAGCCGAUAGUGCUCUAACGCCUGUGGGUGAACUGGAAGAUAAGUCUGUUACUGCUACACCCGAGCCCACUACCGCUCGGGAAGAUAUCGACACUGAAGAACCAGCAUCUCCCGAAUCAACUCCAAAGAAGCAUGAUCUCAUCAAGGAAGACUCAAGAAAGCGUUCGCUGUCACCCCUGGCGGCUUCACAGAAACACAAGCGCUUCCAGAAUAUCGCAGUUAAUCUUGUUAAGACUAUCGAGGAACACAGGUUUCUGUCGCCCUUUUUAGUUCCUGUGAACGCUAAGGAGUACGAACAAGUUAUCUAUGAGCCCAAGGACCUCAAGAGCAUACUCAAGGCUAUCAGGCAGAAAGACGUCCAAGCAUACGAGACAGUAAAAGAACUAGAAAGAGACAUCAUGCUUAUGUUUGCUAAUUGCGUGAUGUAUAACAAGUCAAGUACACAUCUUGUUGAAAUGGCCAAGCAGAUGAAAGAUGAUGUUAGGAAAACAUUCAAGAUGUUCGAAGAUGCCGAAUCAGGUAUUUAA